UUGGGUUCCAGCUGCCAAAUCCAGUGGUCAUUUUCCAAACCCUCCAGCAAUUCUGCCUGCACAUCAAGCUUCUAGCCCGGCCGCAACAACCCCAGCUCCUCCAGCAGUGAAAACUCCAGCUCCUCCAGCCGUCAAAACUCUAGCUCCUCCAGUCGUGUUCACGCAAACCCCAAAGCUCCAAAACCCUGCUGCCUAGCUUCAUCCAGCCGCCAAGUCUCAACAGUCCAGCCGCCUUCAAGCCUUCAGCCCCGCUCGAAACAAAAGCCCGGCCUCAGUCCAGCCACACUUCGAACAAAGCCCAACCGUAUUCGAACUAGGCCCGGCCAAAACACUCCAGCAAACCUGGCCCCUAUACUCAGCAGACUCGACCGCUCCGGACUCAGCCCAGCUCCAUCUUGCCGUAACUCUGCAGAAAAAUCCCGGCCGUGACUCCACCAAAAUUGGGCCGCAUCUCCAGCUACAAAACUAGGCUGCAUUUUUAGCUACAAAACUGGGCCGUAUUUUUCAAACAAGCUUGAACACAGCCCGGCACAUCUUCCCAGCCACGUAGUCCGGCCGUAUUCAAGUCUCAUAUCCCUUUUGAGCUUCCAGCCACGGCUCAGCCACAAGAACUUUAGCCACACUAGAAUUUAAUAUGGCCGCUUGUAUUUCGUAAGUUGCCCAGGUUGGGUGAAUUUUCACCACCCCAAAACAUUGCCCCCUCAACUUGCUUAGCUCAGAUUGGUGUAGAGGAUGGAAUCCAUUCCAAAUGAUAGUGCCCAAUUUUUUGAAGCUAUGAAAGUGGCUGUGGACAAAGAUUUGGGCAAGCAAGUAUUCGCCUACUUCCUCAAUGCCUUUCCCAACUCCGCCCAAUAUAUUCUCGGCCCAUUUUUCUCCACCUCUCCGGAGGAGGUGGCGAAGGUGUGGGUGACGCAGCGAGAAAUGGCCCAACUUAUUUCUCAAACUUCACAUGGGCAACCGUUUGGGAGAGCUCCAAGCCAUUCAGAGGUUGGCCGACGGGAAAUUUGAUUGGUAUCAUUGGUUCAAAAUUUUAGAACCAAAAUUGAAGGAUCAUUGGAAGAAGAUCAGAAUAUAUGAUAUGUUGCGCCUAUGUGCGGGAAGCUCAUUUCCUUGCGACCGGUCUCUCGUCAUCGUGGCACUAUGCUUUUGGUCUUUAUCCACCAAUUGCAUGAGGCUCCGUUUCGGGAUGAUGACACCCAACUUGCUAGACUUGGCCACUAUCGCCGGCCUUCUCCCUCAUGGAGAUGAUUUCUCGGCCGCCAACCUUUCAGAAGCCAAGGUGGGCUUAGAUUUCCACAAGUCAAACAAGACUUCUGGGAGUUGGGUGAAGACUUAUAUUGGCCAUGGCUGUGAGCCCACCGACCCCCCUUCCAUCAAUGGUGUAUCCUACACUGAGCAUGUGGCUUUUCUUGUGAUGUGGUUGUGCAAGUUCUUAGCGUGCCCAAAAUCCGAUGGGAUUACUAAGGAAUUCCAAGCCUUGGCGGAAGUACGUGUGGAUGGCCAUCAAGUGGCCAUGGGCCCUAUCUUUCUUGCCUAUCUUUAUAGAGGGCUCUACGAGGUAACCACUAAACUCAUGGAUUAUCAUGCUUCUAGCCCUAUAUGCACUACUACGUUUUACUAUUUCCGCGACGAAGUAAAAAUCGUCGAACAUAAGACCAUAGCGUGACGGACAAGCAUAUGCGUAGCGUAAAAGAGAGCGACGAACAAACUUCGUCGCACAAAACAUCUUAGCGCGACAGCGAAGACGACCGUCGCGUAAAACUAGGGGAAAAAACCGCGAACUAAUAUUAUGGUGCCAAAUUCUUGCGCCACAACUAAGGUUGUCGCAAAUGAGAUCUUUGCGCGACAAUUUCCUUAUCCGUCGUGCAAAAAGGUGGAGGGAAAAUAAAGCAGCUAUGGCGCGAAUAUGUUGCGAUGAGAAAGGACGUCGUCGCGUAAGAAAAACGCGCUAAAGAUGACUUUUGCGCGACGAGUUUGGCAUUUGCGCGACUACAGUUUGAGCGACGAAACAAGUUAAUCGUCGCGGAUAAUCGUUGUUGGCAGAGUGGUGUUUGCGUGACGAUAAAAAAAGUAUGCGCGACGAAAAAGUUUAAUGCGACGAGAAAUGGAUUCGUCGCGUAUAAUCGUUGUCGGCAGAGUGGUGUUUGCGCGACGAUAAAAAAGCAUGCCCGGCGAAAUAGUUUAGUGCGACGAGAAAUAUAUUCGUCGUGCAAAAGUCUCAAACUUUGCGCCACAGCAUAGAGGCUUAAUGCGACGAAUAUUUUUUCGUCGCGCAAAUGUUGACAUUUUUGCGCAACAAUAAUUACUUUUGUGCGACGAAUAUUGUUCGUCGCGCAAAAAAGUUCAUCUACUACAUUAUCGGGUUCAGCCAUGGCAGAGGCAAACUGCAAAAAGAA